CUUUAUUUUUACCAAGAACUCAAAUGUCUCUAGUUGCCCUUGAAGUGAAUCUGAUCAUUAUUCCAGGAUGUAUCAUAUUUUUGCUCUUCUUUUUACCCGUUGCGUUCGUUUCAAAAACUGUUUCACAAUUGCUACAGAUAAUUGAAAAGCCAAGCUUUUCAAAGCUUACUUUUCUAUCGGUCAUUGCUAUAGCAACAUUUAUUGCAUUUCUGUCGGACGUCGCUAAAUGGCAUUCGGUAUAUGGAUCAAAGCCGAAGCCAGUGUUUCCAGACAUCAGCAUUGCCCUCCAGCACGACAACAAAAGACUGCGGCUUGAAAGAAAUAUUUAUAUUCAUGUUCUCAGUUCAGUUCUAUCACUUUCUAUUAAAAAAUUAUCUACCAUUGACUUCAGGAAGCCUAUCAUUUUUGAAAAAGUAAAGCGAGAAUAGAAUCAUAAUCUGCACUACUACGUUGCAGUAUUAUGUUUACACAAUGAAUCACUUCAGUAUUGCUAUUGCUGUUUACGUAUCAAUCAUUAAAUUACUAUUUUAUCUUUUUUAAAGCAUUGUUAUUUGUAUAUGUUUUAGGUUUGAUGAAUUUAAAUAACCUUUAAUUACUCCUAAUUAAGAAUGAAAUUAGUUUUAUUGAUUUGUAUUGCAAAUAUGAGUCUUCACGUUGUCUAGAGAGAAAAUAGAAAAUUAUUGGGUAAGCAAAAAUGGAAGGAAAAGUGUAUUUUUUAGUAUCUUGCAUAAAUAUGAGAUACACUAAAGGAUUCAGCUUAUAAUUUUACAUUAAGCUGAACUUUGACUUUGAAUAAUGGUACUUAGUUGUUUUUCUACUUAUCAUUUUCAACAUUGGGAAGAAAAAAAAUAAGACCUGAAUGAAUUGCUGUCUACUCAAGUAAUGCGUAUGAUAAAAAAUCCUUUUUAGUGUAAGAUCGUUAACGAUAUACAUAAAUCUGAACGUUCUGGAUACAUAUUAUAGAAGGCUCUGUUU